CCGCAGGGUUUUUUGUUACCUGUACUUAAUGUGCCUGUCGACUGCCGUGUGCCUUGUGCACCGCUUUAAAACAAAAUAAAGCAACUAAUUAGUUUGGUUUCGGAUCUCUCCUCUUUUCUCCCUUUCUCUCCUCUCCUCUUUCACCUUCGAUUAUAAAACCACAUGAUCAGUUUGUCCUGAGGUCAUGCUAUUCACAACGUCGUCCUAUGGUCUCGAUAUGGUGUCUAUCACAUGACAUUAAACGUUUAAUGAAAAAAUAAGUGAAAAUGUGUAAACUAUUACUUAGAUGUGGUUAUAGUCAACAUUUUACCUACACAGUAAAAACGUUUGAAUAAAACAAACACAAAGUAAGCCAUCACUUAACAAAAACAGAAAAAGAAUAAUAAACUAAAAUAUAAGCUCAUGAAGUUUCUAUAGGCCACACACACACACACACACACACACACACACACACACACACACACAGCAACAACAACAACAACAACAACAACAACAACAACAACAUCAACAGCAACAACAGCAACAAGAACAACAGAAAUUAAACGAAAAAUAUAUGAAACGCACUUCAAAACAAUCAAUUUGUCUUCUCACCACCCACAGUAGUCCACUCCUCUCAUCGGGCCUUUCCUCAAUGUUCAUCGCGAAAUAUCUUGUUGAGGUUGAGGUAGCUAAAAUGUGGUGUUGCAGCAUGUUCCAAUAUUCAUAGCUAACGUAAUUAACAAAAAGUGUCUAAAUGGCAACACUGAGCACAAUUUUCGCAGAGGGGCACGUGAAUGCGACUGUGACUUAAAAAAAUAGAGUUUCGUAAAUCUGGCAGUUCAUGCACGGCCUAUCUACGGAAAUUCAUGUAAACAACUAUCCCAAAAUGGAAAAUCUCACACAAAGUCGACCUCUGUAAGUCGUUUCCCCCCCAAAGCUUCCACUCUUUCGGACACGGUCAAGGCAACAUCGGAUGGGUGCGGGGCUAAAGGUCUUUGCCCAGCUAUGUGCUACUUUGCUCUGGUGUCACGGCGCUGCUGCUAUCGUCAGUGUCGUCUCUCGCCAGCGAAGGGCCGGUGGAGCUGAGGGACGGAGCUGCGGCGAGACCAACAACGUAUCCCCCGCACAGCACAACGCCACAGUGACAUCUUUUGCUAAUAUUGAAGAGCAACAGCAGCUGAAGACGCACUUGGCUCAUCGGAGUUUCUUGGUGUGGUGGUGGUGGUGACGGACGAGGUGGUGCUGGAAGUUAGGUUAUAAGGAGUCACUACCGAGGCGCCAUGGCCCUGUCCGCGGCGAUGGGCAAGGUGGCGAGGGGAUUGGGCACCCUCGUCUACGUGGCGAGCCCCAACGAAACAACCUUCCGUCACGUCCACGAGGUGCCCGACUACACUAACGGGGCGGUUCCUUUCUUCAUCGCCUUCAUCCUGCUGGAGCUGGUCGUGACGCGGCUGAAGGGCGGCAACAUACGUUUCAACGACCUCUUCACUUCAGUACUUCACGGGAUGGUCUACGAUGUGCUGGGUGUGGUUGUCGUUACCUUCUACCUCUGUGGCUACGAGUGGCUUUACGAGCGUCGCCUCCUUGACCUCGACUGGUCCUCGCCGAUCACCUGGUGGGUCGCCGCUUUCGGAGUCGACCUCGGCUACUACUGGUUCCACAGAGCAACACACGAGAUCAACCUGGUGUGGGCGAGCCACCAGGUGCACCACUCGUCCGAGGAAUACAACCUCAGCACGGCUCUCAGACAGUCCAUGUUCCAGCGCUACUUUUCCAUCGGUUUCUACCAGCCCUUGGCCCUCCUCGGAGUCCCGCUUCCCGCUCUCCUCGUCCACCUCCAGUUUAAUUUGAUUUUCCAGUUCUGGAUUCACACGGAGGUGAUUGACAACUGCGGCCCUUUGGAGUGGGUUCUCAACACGCCGUCUCACCAUCGAGUCCACCAUGGCGCGAACAAGUGGUGUCUCGACAAGAAUUACGCGGGCGUCCUCAUCAUCUGGGACCGUCUGUUCGGUACCUUCCAGGCGGAGCGGCGCGACGAGAAGAUCGCCUACGGCCUGGUGGAUCAGCCGCAGUCCUUCAACGUGCUCUGGCUGCAGAUCUUCUACUUCGGGGCGGUGUUCCGUAAGGCGCGGAGUAUGACCACUUGGGGGGACUCCCUGAGGGCGCUCUUUUACGGCCCUGGCUGGUUCCCUGGAACGCCGCGCCUUGGAGACCCCGACACCUUCCCUGACGUCAAGGCCCCCAGGGUGAAAUACAACCCACAGCUUCCCCUGUGGCAGGAGGCAUACGUGUUGGUGCACUUCGCCAUCCUCAUCCUGGUGCAGCAAGCGUGGAUCCCCAAGGUUGCCAGCUUCUCGUGGGUGUCUGCCCUCGUGUUCACGGCGUUCAUCUUCGUGUCUGCGGGCAUCGUCGGGGCCAUGUACGACGGGUGGUGGUGGGCGCCCCUGGUGGAGGCCGCCCGAUGCAUUGCCUACGUAGCCUACGCCCGCAGCAACCCAGUCACCGGGUGCCAGGCUAUGGACGCCGCCAUCCUCUUCUACUUUGCGGCUUCUGCCUUCAUCUGGACUUCGCACAGCCUCGCCGUGGUGAAGGCCUCCGUCAAGGCUGCCAAGCUGGAAUAAUCACCCUGUUCUGGACACACUCCUUCCCUGUACAGCCACAUAUGAUGCUGUUGCCUGAAAUGCUCCAGUCUCCGUGCUGCCUUAUCAAAGCUCCCUGUGAUUUUCUGUCAUUGACACCAACGCCUAAGCUGUCCAUCUUUUCUUGUAGGUUGCUAAAAGCGAACACUUUUACCUAUCUCUUCUGUACUACCUCCAUCCCGUCUUACACGAGGGUGGUUUAACUCCACACCUCAUGCAAAACAUACGUAUUUACCUUGUUGCAAGUAACUACCUCGUCGAAGUCUUGGGUAGUUAUGGAUUAGUUUAUGGCUUUUUACGAGGAGAAGCAUCUUACUAAAAUUUGCCGAUUGUUUUAUAUUCAGUGUGUGUAAGUGUGUGUGUGUGUGUGUGUGUGUGUGUGUGUGUGUGUGUGUGUAUUCUUUGUUUUUUAUUUGCUUCUCUUUUCUUUUAAUGCUGGUACUAUUAUAGUCAAAUAUACCAAAUACACGCAGAUAUCUU